AUUAUUGAAAACAUUAUUUUUGUAUAUAAAUGGUGGGAAAUGGUCUCAAACCCAGAAGGGACCGAGAUGGGGCGACUAACGGCAUUGGGUAUAAUAGCAUUGAUAGCCACAGCGGCAUCGGCGCCGGCGCCUCAGUACAUGCCAUGCAUGCCGUGCCCGGAACCUUCGCCGUGCAUGCCGUACCCACCAGGGCCUCCACCACCAUGCCCCCCACCACCACCCUGUAAUCCCUGCAUGCCGGCGACUCCCUGCGGCGAUGGUCCAGUUCGUGUGAUGGUGCAACGCAACUGCAUUCCUGAACGACUUACGCAAGUCGGCUUCCAAGAGGUCAAAGUGCCAGGAGGGAGCAUCUACUUCGCUCCAUCCCCCGACGUGGUCAUCCAGCCGCCCGCGAUCCUCCUCCGACCACCGCGACAGCCGCCCAUCACGCCCCCAGCGAUAACCGUUCAACCCCCGCCAAUGCUUCCCCUAACCCCACGGCCGAUUGUGGUCAGGCCUCCUCCACUACCAUGUAUAACUCCGCCUCCAGUUCUGGCCAGGCCUAAUCCCUUACCACCUAUCCAGCCCGCAGCUGUAGUGGUCAGGCCUCCGAAACCAGCUCCUAUUCAGCCCCCACCGGUUACUGUUACCCAGCCAACUCCUCAGCCGUUGAAUCCACCUCCAAUUAUGGUCAGGCAGAGGUUACUCCCCAAUUUACAAGGACCGACGAUCUGUGUGUCAACUUCAGCCAUCCAGGGUGGAAGGCAACCCAUUCUCCCACCCUGUGUGCCCCCUUGUCUACCACCCUGUGUGCCUCCCUGUCUGGCCCCCUGUCUGCCACCCUGUCUGCCCCCUUGUUCGCCCCUGCCUUCCACCCUGCCCUGAACCUUGUAUGGCCUACUAACUCACACAGAUAGAAGUUGCUAAUUAGAAUUAGACCAUCUUGGUGGGUAUUAUAUUUGUAAGUUUUAUUUACGUAAGUUGUAAUGUAAGCCGUGACUAUAACUACGAAGUUACGCUAACAAAUUCUCAGUUAGUCACUUGAAUAAAACUUGCGAAUAUAAGAACUGCCUAAAAUAAGACCUAUAAGAGAAACCGCCUUCCUAAUAACACAUCCGCCAUUUACAACUUUGUCUUGCUUCAUAUGACGAAUGUCUAAACGUAAACUAAAUAAAUAACGAUGUAUAGAACUUUGCUGUUUACUAGGAAGAUUUGGAAACUUGUAUAAAGAAGAUAUAACUUGAUAAAACCUCGAUAAGUAGUAUAAAUAUGAUGUCGAUGAACAGUGGCGGUCCUAAACGACGCCAAGCUCCAAGCGAAAGCAAAAAGAAACAGACGCGAGGCCCGGGCAGAGUAAAAAAACGUUCCCCUGUUUUAACAGUUUCGACGGUAAGAACGUAAAAAAGGUCCUGCGAGGCACCACGCGAGGCCUCUAUAAGCGCGAAGCCACGGGCGGUUUCCCGGUUCGCCUCCCCCAAAGGCCGCCUCUGUCGAUCAACAUUCCUUGUGUGGUCAGCAUGCGUAACUCACUGUACGUACAUUCGUUAAAUACGAGGAAUAACGACCUAAACGUUUACCAUAUGGUUCUCUUUGGAACCAAACAUACCAACAAGCUUUGUAAUGAUAGAAACACAACAGCACGAAUGGAGGGCACUAGCUUGAACUUGGUAUUCUAUGUUAAGAAAAAUGUCCUUAUGUAAUAACUAAGUAAACAGAAAGAGGAAGACACUAUAAGAUCACUUAAAACUCUAAUCGUAAAGAGAAAAGAACUGAUGGAGUUAUUGUCUUCUAGAUGUUCAAAGCUGAAGCCAUCGUUUGAAAACCACCAGCCAUAUUCACAAACAGUACUAUCGGGACUUACAGUGUUUGAACUCCGUGUCCACAAUUCUUUGACUAUUCCAGUAAUGUCAGAAUAUAUCUACUCCAACUAUGGCCCCUAUCACACAUGCAUUGCAAUUUUCAUAGGGAAAGAACUGAACAGACUUCAUUGUAGUACUAUUAGGUAAUGUUUGUGAACAUGGUCGUCUUAUCAGAGGUUAUUUGAGUCCUUGUCUUCAGAAAGGCGUUUCGUACGGCCUCUGUAAGGUCAAACUUCUUGGUUCUCAUAUUAUGCUUGAUUAGCGACUUCUUUAUUCCCAGAUCUCUCAACGAAAUACUAGUUAUAGGUACCCGUAUAAUUCAUACCUCAGUGUGCAUGUACAAAUGUGUAUAUAUAAAUAUAUUUAAUAAAAUUAUAAUGUG